AUGGCAGAGGUGGGUCGGGCAGCGCUCCGCGACCCCGGGGCGCUGCUCCCGGGCGGCUUCUGGGCUGCGGUGGCCGUGUGGCUCGAGAGGCCGCAGGUGGCCAACAAGCGGCUGUGCGGCGCCCGCCUUGAGGCACGCCGGAGCGCCGCCCUGCGGCUGGCCGAGGCCCGCGGCCCCAGGCCGCUAGCAGGACCCGAGCAGGAAGAGCGGGGCGCGGCUGGACACGGGCCCGAGGAGGAGCUGGGACCCGGCCAGCGUUCCCCCGACGAGGGUCCGGGCCCCAGGCCGCUAGCAGGACCCGAGGAGGAGGAGCGGGGCGCGGCUGGACGCGGUUCCGAGGAGGGGCCGGGACCCGGCCGGCGUUCCGCAGAGGAGGGUCCGGGCCCCAGGCCGAGCGCCGGUCUGGAGCAAGGCAUGGCGGGGCGCGGACGCCAGGAGACUCAGGGCCCGCACCAGCAAGGGGAGGCGCGGAGAGAAGCAGCCGAGGCGCCUUUGCUCGCCGUAGAUCCCGGGCACCCGGACAAGGCUAGAGGCAGGGAGGACGACUUCGCUGUUGCAGAUCUGGAUUUGCUCUGGGACAAUUUCUCCCGAAGUCUUGCCAGUGGCAACCCGGAGAUGCUAGCUUUUCUCCUCCGCUCUGGGACAGGAUUGCAGCCAGAGGAGCAGCACGAGCUCGACGUGGUUUUCAGAACCGUUAUUCCCAAAACGAGCCCGCAUUGCCAGCUUACAUCUCCGAGGAGAGAAAUAGUUGUGCAGGAUGUCCUCGGUGGAGCUGUAACUUUCUUACCUUUGGAAGAAGAUGAUGAGGGGAAUUUGAAGGUUAAGAUGAGCAACGUGUAUCAAAUUCAGCUCAGUCAUAGCAGAGAGGAAUGGUUCAUAUCUGUUUUAAUUUUCUGUCCAGAAAGAUGGCAUUCAGAUGGAAUUGUGUAUCCCAAGCCCACCUGGCUUGGAGAAGAAUUACUGGGCAGAUUGGCCAAGUGGUCCGUGGAGGACAAGAAGAGUGAAUUUAAAAGCACCCUUUCCCUCAUUUCCAUCAUGAAGUACAGCAAGGUUUACCAGGAACUGAAAGAGAAGUAUAAAGAGAUGGUUAAGGUGUGGCCUGAAGUCACCGAUCCUGAAAAAUUUGUAUAUGAAGAUGUGGCUAUUGCUACGUACCUGCUGAUUCUGUGGGAUGAGGAAAGAGCUGAGAGUGGAAUAACUGCCAAGCAGUCCUUUGUUGACUUGGGAUGCGGAAAUGGCCUCCUGGUCCACAUCCUGAGCAGUGAAGGGCAUCCAGGCAGAGGGAUUGAUGUCCGAAGAAGAAAAAUCUGGGACAUGUACGGACCACAGACUCAGCUGGAGGAAGGUGCAAUCACACCAAACAAUGAGACACUUUUCCCUGAUGUUGACUGGUUAAUUGGUAACCAUUCUGAUGAACUCACACCGUGGAUACCUGUCAUUGCUGCCAGGUCUUCCUACAGUUGCCGCUUCUUUAUCCUUCCUUGCUGCUUCUUUGACUUCAUUGGAAAAUACCACCGGAGGCAGAGUAAGAAGACUCAGUACCGAGAAUACCUUGACUUCAUUACAGAAGUAGGAUCUACGUGUGGAUUCCGUGUAGAAGAAGACUGCCUCAGAAUUCCUUCCACCAAAAGAGUCUGUCUCAUUGGAAAAUCCAGAACAUACCCACCCACUGGAGAAGUUUUUAUUGAUGAGCAGAGGACUCAGUACAUUAAUAGCAGGCGGGGCCACCCUGUGAGCCAUCCAGGCAGGGAGCCUGCCCCUGCUGCAGCCCAGCUUGCUGCCAACGGUGCUGGUCAUCGUGACGGUCAUGGAGCCGUGGACGCUGGGGUCGAGCGUGUGUCUGAGGCCCAGGCUGCAGAGCGCAAAGCAGGGCCCCAGGCCGAAGGACUCUGGCUACCUGGAUUUCACCCUAGAGAAAAAGCCGAGUGCACCAGGAAUUGUGCCUCCCUCCCUCGAGACUUCAUUGACCAAGUGGUUUUGCAAGUGGCAAAUUUGUUGUUAGGUGGAAAGCAACUGGAUCCAAGAAGUUCUCAAAAUGGGAGUUUGGAGAGCUGGCAUGGGGGAGAGAGCCUUUCCCUGGCAGAGGUAGCCAGGGAGCUGGACAAGGAGACACUGCAGAGGUUGAAGCGAGAGUGUGGUGGCCUGCAGACGCUGCUCAGGAACAGUCACCAGGUGUUUGAAGUCCAGAAUGGGAGAGUUCACAUUCGCGACUGGAGAGAAGAGAGGCUGAGGAAGAAAACGCACCCAGAAGCAAAGCGGAGACUGUUCUCUGACGCUUUGAAAACCCGCAUCUGCUGGUUUUUCACACAUCAUCCCGAUGGCUGUCCUCUGCCUUCCGACUGCUGCCCAUUUGCCCAUGGGCCUGGGGAGCUGCGGCCCUCCCAGACCCCCAAGAAGAAGAAGCAGAGUCUGUGAGCUGCUUCCUCCAGCGAGCUGAGGCCAGGGCGAGAGGAGGGUUUUCCCGGCCCUCUGCUACCGCAGCUUCUGUCCGCUGCGCUCAGCCUCCUCUCCCUUCCGCCUUCCUGGGGUUUCAUGGUAACGCAACUGCGUCACUCAACAUCAGCAACUGGAGAGGCGAGUGACUCAUAACCCCCAGACGAGGUGCUGUUGCAGAGAAUAAAACGCAUCUAAUUCCCCCCUAGCC